AUGCGAAAUUGUGAAGGCGGAAAAGCGAUUCUAUUUAUCUGCUUGGUGAAUGAUCUCAUAACCAAAUUUGAAUUAAAAGUUGGUGAGGAAAAGAUAUCAUAUAAUACUUACGCCCAUGAUGAUGAUGAUGAUAAAAGAAAGCGUGAUGAAAAUAAUUUUCCAUUUGCUUAUGGUUGUUAUGGUGAAAACUCAUGA